GUUCUGAGAGGUGCUCCUCGUCGUCAGUUCAUGAUGCAGCGCGUGCUGACGGUGAGAUUCGCGCGACUCUUCACGUUGAACAAACUCGCGCUGCGUGUCGGACCCGCCGUCGCGAACAUGUCCACGCUGCUUAUCAACCAGCCUCAGUACAGCUGGUUAAAAGAGUUAGACCUGCACGAGGACAAUGCCGGAGUUUAUAACGGCUGUUGGGGGGGAACGGGAGAGGUAAUCACUUCAUACUGUCCUGCCAACAAUGAGCCCAUCGCCAGAGUACGACAGGCGACUAUGGCAGAAUAUGAAGAAACUGUACAGAAAGCACUGGACGCCUGGAAAGUGUGGGCAGAUGUUCCUGCUCCAAAGAGAGGCGAGAUCGUUCGACAGAUUGGUGAUGCUCUCAGACGAAAGAUCAAAGCUCUCGGCAGUCUGGUGUCACUGGAAAUGGGUAAGAUCUAUGUGGAGGGUGUUGGUGAGGUACAGGAGUAUGUGGAUGUGUGUGACUAUGCCGUGGGUCUCUCUCGGAUGAUCGGUGGACCCAUCUUACCCUCUGAACGGCCGGGUCACGCGCUCAUCGAGCAGUGGAAUCCUGUGGGUCUGGUGGGAAUCAUCACAGCGUUUAACUUCCCUGUGGCCGUGUACGGCUGGAAUAACGCACUCGCUCUCAUCUGCGGCAACGUCUGUCUCUGGAAAGGAGCUCCGAGCACACCUCUCACCAGCGUGGCUGUAUCAAAAAUUGUUGCUGAAGUGUUGGAGAAGAAUAAUCUUCCAGGUGCUAUAUGCUCUAUGACCUGUGGUGGUGCGGACAUUGGCAUGGCCAUGGCUGGAGACGAGCGAGUGAGUCUGCUCUCAUUCACAGGCAGCACUCAUGUGGGUAAACAGGUGGCAAUGAUGGUGCAGGAGCGCUUUGGUCGCCAGCUGCUGGAGUUGGGAGGAAACAACGCCAUCAUAGUGUUCGAGGACGCUGAUCUCAGUCUGGUUGUGCCGUCCACUGUCUUUGCCUCCGUAGGAACGGCCGGUCAGCGUUGCACUACUACCAGAAGACUUAUUCUUCAUGAAAGUGUUCACGACGAGGUUGUGGCGAAGCUCUCUAAAGCCUACAAACAGAUCCGAAUGGGCGACCCCUGGGACCCAAACACUCUGUAUGGACCUCUGCACACCAAACAGGCUGUUCAGCAGUAUCUGUCAGCUAUAGACCAAGCCAAACAGCAGGGCGGCACGCUCGUGUGUGGAGGAAAGGUCGUGGAGCGUCCAGGGAACUAUGUGGAACCCACAAUUAUCACUGGACUGCCACACAAUGCUCCAAUAGUUCACACGGAGACCUUCGUUCCCAUCCUUUACGUUCUCAAAUUCAAGACGGAGGAAGAGGCGUUUGCCUGGAAUAAUGAAGUGAAACAAGGGCUGUCCAGCAGCAUCUUCACCAGAGACAUGGGGCGAGUGUUCCGCUGGUUAGGACCCAAAGGCUCUGACUGUGGCAUUGUCAACGUCAACAUUCCUACCAGCGGCGCUGAGAUUGGAGGAGCCUUCGGUGGAGAGAAACACACGGGAGGCGGCCGUGAGUCGGGCAGUGACUCGUGGAAACAGUACAUGAGAAGAUCCACAUGCACUAUCAACUACAGCAAAGAUCUGCCGCUGGCUCAGGGCAUCAAGUUUGAAUGAACACCACAUUCUCCAUGCGUUACAGAAGCUUUUAUUCUCAUACAUCCAUGUGUUUUGUAAGCCCAUAGCCAUUCUCUCUUUCUGGAUCACAUACUGUAUGCUUUUUAGUGAGCGAUGCUUGAGUAGAUGAGUGAAAUGUGUGUUAAAAUCACCAGUAAUAAAAUCUGAGAGCGAGA